UAAGUCUCACACCUUGGAAUAUCUGGUACCUAUUUUUAUUAUUAUCUCUCUUGGUAAAGGCAUAGGUUUACAAAAAAAUUACAUCUAGCAACCUUGUCCACUGUUGGCUUUCUACUAUAAAAGAACUUGAACUCAUGAAAUCCUGAAAUGUAAGACAUGUGGUGACAGACUGAUCUCCCCAGACCUUACAAUGCAAGAGUUUCAGACAGUGCAGAAAGAAGUCUCUGUUGUCAAGGAAUUAUUAUUCACACCUAUCAAAGACAGCCGGGAGUGUAGCAGGCUGAGUCUGAAAAGGCAACGGUGCCAUGAGCUACCAUUGGAAGGAGCUGUCUGCAGCUCUUGGUGCUCUACUGAGCAUGUCCCAGAGGAGUCCUGUGCUAGCAGCACAUUAUGCAAAAAGGCAGCUCGAGCAGCUGAGAGAGAGGCAGAGCAAUCCUUUGCUCCACUUGCAUCACCGCCGCUUGAAAACAAGCCUGGAUUACUCGAGGGGCUCUCACUGCCAGGCCAGUUGAAUGAAGCGGAGCGGCAUGGCUUGAUUUCUGACGUAGCAGGAUUGCUAAACAACAUGGGGAACCAGGAUGGAAAGCAGAAGAGGAAUGCAGGCGAUGUGCAUGAAGGUGGUGAGGAUGCUUCUGGGCCCAGGGAUGCGGAGGGCACAAAGAAGGGAGCAGGAAGCAAAAAAGGACUGGGGAGGCAUGGCAAAUGGAAUGAAUCCGGCAAAAAGAAGGGGAAGUCAGAGUCCAGGGCAUCUGUGUUUUCCAAUCUGAGGAUCAGGAAAAAUCUGUCCAAGGCUAAAGAUGGAAACAGCAGCUCGAGAGAGGAUGUUUUAGAAAGCCAGGCCUCGCAAACGGGAGAGCUGGACAGCGCUCAUUCGAUUCUUACCAAAACUCCUGAUAUAAGUAUUUCUGCCGAUGAAGGGGGGCUCUCAGACACAGAUGUGGAACAUUUUGAGAUUACAAAUGAAACUCAUCCAGCUGCUACUGAGCCGCAGGAUGGACAAAGGACCAGCUCCGGCUCGGAUACGGAUAUAUACAGUUUCCAUUCAGCUACUGAACAAGAGGAUUUGCUUUCUGAUAUCCAGCAGGCUAUUAGACUGCAACUGCAGCAGCAGCAGGGGGCAAUUAACAUUGGAACAGAGCAGCAUGGCACCAAAACAAUGGAUCUACACAUGGCUAAUUCUCAAGCUACCCCCUUAGAUUUUGAAAGGUUUCUUUCACUAAGCAGCGACAAAGACAGCAGUCCAGAUACCGAGCAGGCUGUCUCAGCAAAAUCGGAAAUUACAGGCUACAUCCCCACUUGCGAUAUUGAACGUGAAGUGAAGGAAGAGGCAAAUAACAUGGGCUAUCCCUGCAGCAGUGUGUUUGAUACGGAGGAGCACAGGCAAUUGCCAGAGGAGCAGGAACAGCCUGCUGGUGAAGUAAACAAUGUAAAUGCUGCAGUGGCUGAAAAUGGGACUCUGCUAGGCAGGUCUGUGUUUAAUUUUCCAUCCCCAGUAGGAGAGACAGAGACUGAAGUAAUAGGUGUUGAAUCUGUAGGUUCAGAAAUAGAGGGUAAUAUUGCAGAUACAGGCCAUGAUCAGGUUGAUGGAGCCAAAGAAAGGAAAUGUCAUGUGUCAGUAAGCAGAGGAGCACUGGAGGAUGAGUUUUCUGCUGAGAUGAAAAAUGGUACUUUUUCCGCUGAGGACAUCUCAAGCAGUCCUGCGCAUGGUUCCAAAUGCUUCAAGCCUUAUCCUCCCAUAAAUCCAUGCUACAUCAAAACCACCACAAGGCAGUUGAGUUCUCCAAACCAUUCACCUUGUCUAUCCCCAUCCCAGAGCCCACUUUUUAAAAGGAGGCGUGAGUCCUUGCAGCGAAAAGUGAGUGACUCAACCAAGAAGCAGCGAUCAUCCAGUUUGGCUGGUACUUUCAGCCGCUCAGCAGACUGGACAGAUGAAAUUUUGGAUCAUAAAGGUGACAUAGCUCAAAAGUCAGGCUCAGCAGACUUCUUGGAGUACAGGCAGAUUCAAGAUGGCUUUCAAGGAGAGAGGAUGCCUUUGAAUCACUCAAGAAAGACCUCAGGGAUGACACCUUCUAGUGACGCCUUCCCCAAUGUGUUCAGAGGCCGAACUCUUCUGGAAAAGUUGUCCAGCCAGCAGGAAAAUUCACCACAAGAAGAAGCAGAGAAGCUUUGUUCUUGGAUCAUUGCAAUGGGUCUUCUACUCCCCUUCAGUGAUUGCUUCAGAGAGCCAUGUAGUCAAAGUGCACAACAAAGUGCACCAACUUUUGAUCAAGAUCAGCUUUAUACGUGGGCUGCAGUCAACCAACCUACACAUUCAUCAGAUUACAUCGAAGGGCGAUUCCCGAGGAGAAUUCCAUCAGUGUGGCCACCGCCAAAGCCUCCAGACGAAGAGCAGGCAGUGAAACAUGCAGAAAAAGAAUUGGAAGAUGCUAUAGUGGAAACAGAGACAGAACACACAGAGGAUGUUCAGAUACAGGCGGAUGUUGUAAUGAAAUCAGAAGAACGUGCAAAUGAAAUUCAGAGGCUUGAGCAGACCAUACAAGAUCUGAAAUCAAAAAUAGCAGAGUUAGAGAAACAGUUUCCAGCAGCUGAGUUGCCAAUUUCCUCUAGAACUCAGUGGAAUGAAAUCAAGCAGCCAACUUCUGAAGGGCUCUCUGAUGCAGGACUUCAUAAAGAAGAACCAUGUACUCUAUCAAAAACAAUAACUGCGAAAUCAGUGCAGACUUCACCAACAGAAAAUUGUUUAAUACACACAAUGCCUUCAGCCAGCACACUGCCACAACUUCUCCAAGGGGAUGCAAGUCAAGGGCCAACUCAACCAUUGCCAACACUUGAGCCACAAACUACCUUUUGCUCAGAAAUAUCUUUAGUUCUCUCACCAAAACGGAUUUCAGUACAGUUGGAUGUUGCCCAAGAAAAACCUUUGCCACAGCCUUCAGGACUAGAUGCUAAUUUAUUACCUUCCGAGGAAUUUGUAUCAUCCCAUCCACCUCUAAAUACUGAGAGUAUUGCUUGCAGUGAAUAUUCCCCAUCCUUAACUUCUCAUCCCAGUUCCAGCUUCCCCACUGGACUAUCUAGUUCCCUGCCUGGAGCAGGUGACCUUUUUUUAACUUCAUCUGGUUCAGGUGUAAUGCCUCUACCUCCACCCCUUCCUGCCUCAGGAUACCCCCUGUCUUCAUCUUGCAUAAUACCACCUUCUGCCCCACCAUUGCCGAGUGAUGGUAUUCCUCCUCCUCCACCUUUGCCUGAAAUGGGCAUGCCUCCUCCUGCCUCUGCUGUGUGUUUUGGGGUUAUCCCUCCUCCACCUCCUUUGCCCAUGGACAUUCCACCUCCACCAUGUUUUUCUGGAAUGAGAGUGCCACCCCCUCCAACUUUGCCAGAGGUGGCUAUUCCUCCUGCACCACCGCUGCCUGGUAUGGAUGGUCCACUCUUUUCCUCCCUUAUUCCUGGAACACAGAUACCUGCUACAUCCCUGCCUUUGGUAAACAUUGGAUUGCCACCACCACCACCUUUACCAGGAAUGGGAGUGCCACCACCUCCACCUUUGCCAAACAUGGGGGCACAACCUAGUCCCCAGCCAUUCCUGGGAAUGCCACCCCCUCCCCCACCUCCACCUUUGCCAGGCAUGGGUUUGCCACCCCCUCCCCCACCUUUGCCUGGGGCAGGAGGCCUCCCUCCUCCCCCACCUUUGCCAGGCAUGGGUGUUCCCCCUCCUCCCCCACCUUUACCUGGUGCUGGAACUCCUCCUCCUCCCCCACCUUUGCCUGGUAUGGGUGUGCCACCUCCACCGACUGCUAGCCUUCCACAAGUUUCUGGGUUUCUUCAAGCUCCCUUACCAACUGGUUUAUUUUUAAUGGGGAUGAACCAGGAAAAAGGGAGCAGAAAACAUGCAAUAGAACCUUCUCGACCAAUGAAGCCUCUUUAUUGGACAAGAAUUCAGCUACAUAAUAAAAGAGAUUCUAGUGCUUCACUUGUGUGGGAAAAAAUUGAAGAGCCUUCCAUAGAUUAUCAUGAAUUUGAAGAACUGUUUUCUAAAACAGCUGUUAAAGAGCGGAAGAAACCCAUUUCGGACACCAUUGCAAAGACAAAGAACAAGCAGGUUGUCAAGUUGUUAAGCAACAAAAGAUCACAAGCAGUUGGGAUAUUAAUGUCCAGUCUUCAUUUAGAUAUGAAAGAUAUACAGCAUGCUGUUGUGAACUUGGACAACUCUGUGGUUGACUUAGAGACCCUUCAAGCCCUUUAUGAGAAUAGAGCACAAUCUGAUGAACUGGAAAAAAUAGAAAAACAUGGCAAAUCAAGCAAGGAAAAAGAAAAUGCCAAAUCAUUGGACAAGCCUGAACAAUUUCUUUAUGAGCUGUCACUAAUUCCCAACUUCUCAGAACGCGUUUUUUGUAUCCUGUUCCAAUCAACAUUUUCAGAAAGCAUUUCCUCUAUCCAUUGCAAGCUUGAAUUGCUUCAGAAACUGUGUGAGACACUGAAAAGUGGCUCAGGAGUGAUGCGGGUUUUAGGCUUGGUCCUUGCCUUUGGAAAUUACAUGAACGGAGGUAACAGGACACGAGGACAGGCAGAUGGCUUUGGGUUAGAUAUUCUUCCCAAACUGAAAGAUGUCAAGAGUAGCGAUAAUAGCAGAAGUCUUCUGUCAUACAUUGUCUCAUACUAUCUGCGUAAUUUUGAUGAAGAUGCUGGAAAAGAGCAAUGUAUCUUCCCUCUUCCAGAGCCACAAGACUUAUUUCAGGCUUCUCAGUUAAAAUUUGAAGAAUUUCAAAAGGAUCUCCGCAAACUUAAAAAAGACUUGAGAGCAUGUGAGACAGAAGCAGGCAAAGUUUGUCAGUUAUCGUUAGAAGAGCACAUCCAGCCUUUUAAAGACAACAUGGAGAAAUUCAUUAGUCAAGCUAAAAUUGACCAUGAAAUGGAAGAGAAAUCCUUGGCAGAAGCACAUAAAAGUUUUUUGGAGACCACAGCAUAUUUCUGCAUGAAACCAAAAAUGGGAGAAAAAGAGGUGUCCUUAAAUGCUUUCUUCAGUAUUUGGCAUGAAUUCAGUUCUGAUUUUAAAGAGUUCUGGAAGAAGGAAAAUAAACUUAUUUUGCAAGAAAGGCUUAAAGAGGCUGAAGAAGUAUGCAGACAGAAAAAGGGGAAAUCAAUUUACAAUAUAAAACAAAAGCACGAUUCUGGAAUUAAAGCAAAGAUAAGUAUGAAAAUCUGAGUGAAGAAAAGCAUGUGCCACCUGUUUAGUAAGCUCAAAAUGUCUGUGGAGGGGG